AUGGAGGAAGACUUACCAGAAAACAUUGUUGAAAAUGAGAGUGAUAUUGAAGAUGUUGAUAGCAGUGACGAUAUGUAUCAUACUGAUCAUUUUGAUAAUAACGAGCAAAUUUCGACUCAACAAUUUAGUAAUAACUCUGUAUUUCCAGAGAUAAUGGAUAUAGAUGAUGAAGGUAUUUUGUGUGAUAGUGAUAUUAAUUUUAUGAAUAAUGAUGGGCAAAAUUUAGUUCUUCAGCGAGGUAGUUGCGGUCCUGUACAUUUGAACAUGGAUAAUGUUGUUAAUAGAGAAAAUAAGUUGUCUGAUCCUGAAAGUGAAGUAAGAAAUGUAGACAAAGAGGGUAGUUACAAAAUAAUGCAACAAUCCAUCUUUGAUGGUCAACAAACACGAUUUGACGGUAAUAGUAAUAUCACAGAUAAUCAAGAACCAAUCCUGAGAGACAAGGAAAAUGAUGGACUUAAUUCGUAUAAUUUUACGUCAAACAAAAAACGUCGUCUUCAAAUUCUUCAAGAUUCAUCAAAUAAUCCAAUUCACCAGCACAAUAUCUAUCGACAAGCUGCGAAUAGAAAUCUUGAAGAUUAUCGUUCCAAAAUGGAGCAUCAAAUGCGUACCAAAUACAACAUUCAUGAGUGUAGUUAUAAAGUUGGUGAUCUUGUUAAAGUACAAAUCACUAAGAUCGACCGUAGACCUGGUGAUCGUUGUGCACUACUAUGUAAAGUGUUUUCUGUACUUCCCAACGAUGUAUAUCACCUUGUAUGCCAAUUUGGUGUUCUUGAAAGUACAUUUUCAGCCGGUGAAGUUUUAUCCCUUGGACCAAGAGAAUUUUCAGAGCUUGAUGAUUCUCCAACCAAUAUGACUGUUAGUGUAAUCGAAGCCGCAAGAUUACAAUCCAAUGCUAUUGCCGGCAAUAAAACAUGUAAUUGCAGGGGUGACUGUCUUACAACCAGAUGUUCUUGCAGAAAGGCGAAUGUUUUAUGUGGGA